AUGACGGACAUGUUCUUGAGACAAGGGCAACGAGAAAAAAAGUUCGGAGGUAACCAGAGAGGCCUGAGUCCAGUACAGAUCCAAACCAUCCUGGAUGCUCACAACAGAUACAGGUCGUACGUCUACCCUUCCGCCGCCAACAUGAAGAAAAUGGAGUGGGAUCAUUUGUUACAACAGAUGGCCCAGGCCUGGGCAGACGGGUGUAGGUUCCAGAAAGGCGUGGUGUCCACCAUCCAACACCCUUACAACCACGCCAGUCUGGGGCAGAACAUGGGCAUGGUCUUACAGAACUUCAAACCAGUGGAACAGUUGGUUUCAGACUGGCACAAAGAGGGGAGAUACUACAUCUAUGAGACAGGAGAGUGCAUGCAGAGACGACCCUUCACCUGUGACGAGUACACACAGGUCAAGCCUAGCUCGUAA